AUGCAUGAGUUCGCAGUUAUUUUUGCCGCUAUGGGAGUGAACAUGGCAACGGCCAGGCUUUUCAAACAAGAGUUCGAAGAACGAGGAGACAUGCAAAAUGUGUGCAUGUAUCUGAACACGGCUAGUGAUCCUAUUAUUGAAAGAGUACUAACACCGCGAAUGGCACUGACUGCAGCUGAGUUCCUGGCUUAUCAAUGUGGACGACAUGUGGUGGUUGUUAUGACAGAUAUGACAGCGUACGCUGAAGCACUCCGCGUGGUAUGA